CAGAGUGAAAGAGGAUGAUGAUGUUACAGUGAAAGAAGAGGAAGACGCGUUCAGAGUGAAAGAGGAGGGGGAGAUAACUGUCAUAUUGGAAGAGGACAAUGGAGAUGUGAUUAACACCACAGGAGAGAGACCAGACUCUCAGUCAGACAGUGGAAAGAGUCCUUCAGAGGAACCAGACCCAGAGACACUCAAACCAGCGAGACUACACCACUGCUCCAAGUGUGGAAUGAGUUUUACCCGAUUACUACGCCUGAAAUCACAUGAGAGAAUACAUACAGGAGAAAAGCCCUUCCACUGCUCCCAUUGUGGAAAGAGUUUUACUCAGUUAGGGAACCUUAAAAUACACAAGAGAAUACACUUGGGAGAGAAGCCUUACCACUGCUCCAAAUGUGGAAUGACUUUUACCUGGUUAGGGAGCCUGAAAACGCAUGAGAGGGCACACACAAGAGAAAAGCCUUUCCAAUGUUCUCACUGUGGAAAGAGUUUUACCCAGUUUGGGGACCUGAAUAAGCACGAGAGGACACACACAGGAGAGAAGCCCUACCAAUGCUCCCAGUGUGGAAAGAAUUUUUGUUGGUUAGUGAGCCUGAAAACGCAUGAGAGAAUACACACAGAAGAGAAGCCUUACCCCUGUUCCCAUUGUGAAAAGCGUUUUAGGGGGUUAGUGAGCCUGAAACGGCAUGAGAGAAUGCACACAGGAGAGAAGCCUUACCCCUGUUCCCAUUGUGAAAAGAGUUUUAGGUGGUUAGGGACCCUGAAAACGCAUGAGAGGACACACACGCCAGAAAAAGAAAAGCCCUACCAAUGCUCCCUGUGUGGAAAGAGUUUUACCAAGUUAGGGGGCCUGACUAGGCAUGACAGGACACACACAGGAGGGGAUAAGACCUACCACUGCUCCCUGUGUGGACAGAGAUUUAACCGGUUAAGACAUCUGAAUAAGCAUGAAAGAAUACAUACACAGGAGGAGAAGACAUACCACUGCUCUCAUUGUGGAAAGACAUUUUCCCAGUCAGAGGACCUGAAAUCACACGAGAGAAUAGAGAGGCUGUGUUCUGACUUAUGUUUUUGACUGAGAAUUUGUGUUUUUCUUUAUGCUACAUUAAAUCAGCUUUGAUUUUAUUGAUUUUGAUACAAAUAUAAACCCUCUGAUGUUGUUCAUUAUAUUAUUUUCGAUAU